UGGGAGGUACCGGGUGAGCUGAUUGGCUGAGCGGCCGGAGGGCGGCAGCCAAUCAGGAGAUUUGGAUACGAAAUUCAAACGCUUGAGUUGGAGCGCAAUCAGUUUCUUGUGGAGAGAGAGAGAGAGACACACAGACGCAGUGCACACACUGCAGAGCACAGGCAGAUUGUGUCUGAGACGAUUUACCGCGCGGUUGUGAGUAUGAGGUACGGGUAUCGAGGCAGGCAGCAGGAGACAUGUCGGCGUGGUGGGGCCUGUCCUGUUGAGAAGCUGCCCGUUGCGUGCAGAGUGAAGAGCGAGGCCGGUCCUUGUCCUUUGCCCGCCCAGCGAUCGCCCACAUCUCCGCCCGGCAGCGAGGACCUCCUGCUGACAGCCCCGGUGCGGAGUGUCGGCGUCUCUCGCAAGCUUUCUCCCUCCCCCCUCCCCAGCAGUGAGGACACCUACACUGAGGACAGCGGCUAUUCCUCUCAGCUUCUCUUGCAUUCCUUCUGCUCUGCGGAUGAAGACUCCACUGGGGAAGAUCCUGGGGUUAAGAGCUCCCCUGAUAGACAAUCUCACAAUCGGGAGCCGAGUGGUGAAUGGUUUCCCGCUGAUCGUGAACUGCAGAGGGUGAGGGGAUGGGAUUCCGGUGUUGUCCCACCCCCCGAGAAAGACUCCGAGUCUGUCGGCCGGCACUUGCUCCCAGCGCUGGAGGUCGGCCGGGCUGUGUGCAGGAGUGUCACCAGCUCGAGGGGGAAGCUAGGCGUUGAUCAGACCUUGCUCGGACACAGAUUGCUGGCACAGAACCUGAGCGUGGAGAACCUCAUCGGCAGAAAAAUGGGUCUGGAUCAGGUGGACAUCCUCCGGGAACUCUCCCUCAGGGACCUCAAACACGUGCUGUGGAAGGUCCUGAGGUUUCUGACUGAAGAUGACGUGCUCAACUGCAGUAAGGUCAGCAGGUUGUGGAAGCGGGUUGUCGUGGAGGCCAAAAAAGCCGGGCAGAUCACCAUCAAGUCUUCUCGACGAAGAAAGGGUUCCGGUGCUGAUCAUCCCUGUGAUGUGGGCUCGCGGCGGAGCUGGACUCGGCGGGGAACGCUGCUCACGGUACAGCCGGCGGUUGGGGUUGCCGGUGAGAAGGCCAUGUCCUUCCACAGGUGCCCGGCCCGGCUCUCUGAGACCCCAGUUCCUUCCCGGCGGAGCGAGCGGUGUCAGGAGGUGGUGCGGACACUGAGGUGGGACGAGGCGGUGAGGAUGUGCCCCCAGUGUGGCCUGGCCGCCAGGUACCUCCCUCACCAGCAGAGAGCGACGUGCAGCAGCAAGACCUGUGGCUUCGACUUCUGCCAGAGAUGCUUCGGCCAAUUCCAUGGCUCCGGUGACUGUUCGUUCCGACCCCUGGGUUCCGGCGCCCGGCUCCAGCCUCUCCCCGGCUCCAGGGGCAGCAAACACAACCUGCGGCGUCUGUGACAGGCAGCGGACACACACGCGCGCGCACACCGUCUGUGACAGGCAGCUCAGGCAGAGAUAGGGGGAGAGUGACAGUGUGCGUGUGAGAGAGAGAGAGAGGGUGUGGGUAAGAGAGAGAGGGAUGGUGACUGUGUGUAUGUAAGCGAGAGUGACGGAGUGUUAGAGAGCGCGAGUGUGUGGGUGUGAGAGAGAGAGUGACAGCGAGUGAGUAAGGGAGGUGGCGUGAGUGUGUGAGAGAUAAGAGAUCAACCAAUCUCGCACCGAGUGAGAGCGAGCGACGAAUCUGAGUGAGAGGGAGAACGACAGAGUGCGAGAGUGAUAUAGAGCGAGAGAGUGUGACACGUG